AUGGAGGAAGAAAGAAAGGGAGAAAAUAAGGCGGCGUUGGUGGUGGCGAGAUUAAUUGAGAAUGCCACAAACUCGACGGCGGCGGAGGUGGACCCGCGCCUCCUCAAGGCCAUAAAAUCAGUGGUUCGAUAUUCCGAUUCGGAGCUCCGGGUCGCCGCACAAACCCUUAUGUCUCUCAUGAAACGUGAUCAUUCUCAGGUACGGUACCUUGCGCUUCUCAUAAUAGAUGAACUCUUCAUGCGGUCAAAGCUUUUUAGAACACUUCUUGUUGAGAACCUAGAUCAGUUACUAAGUUUAAGUGUUGGAUUUAGAAAGAAUCUGCCACUCCCAGCUCCUGCUUCUGUUGCAUCUUUUCUUCGGUCAAAGGCUAUUGAGUUCUUAGAGAAGUGGAACGAGUCAUUUGGAAUUCAUUACAGGCAGCUCCGGUUAGGUUAUGACUAUCUUAAAAACACCCUUCGGUAUCAAUUUCCUAACCUGCAAGCAAAUGCAGCCCGAAUUCAGCAGGAAAGGAGGGAGAGAGAGAUGAGGACGAAUGAGAUCUUGGUGAAAAAAUUUGAGGCCUUGAAGGAUAAUAUAGUAUCAAUCAAAGCUGAAAUACAGUCAACAAUUGAAGAAAUUGGUGAAUGUUUACGCAUUGUUAAAAAAGAGGAUGAAGAUAUGCCACUUGCUCCUACAGAUGAUGAAGAAAUAGAGGAGUUCCGUAACUCUGAACUGCGACAGAUCCGUCUUGAUUCAUUGAAAGAGGGGGAAAGAGUUCAUGAGAAUACUGAGAAUAAAGUGGUUUUUGAUACAUUAAGGGAACUCUACAAGGUUUUACUGUCUAAGCAUUUAGCUGCAAUUCAAGAAUGGAUCUCCAUUCUCAUAAGGGUGGAAGCAGCAGAUAACCGGUUCAGGGACUCCACGUUGAAGGAGUUUAUAGAUAUUAGGAAUCGUAUUCAAUUGGUGAUGAGAAAAUGUGAAGAGUUAGGUUGCACUCCUCCUAAAAUUGCAAAUGAUGAAGAAGAAGGUAUAUGGGAAGAGGGUUCCUUGGAAUCUUUUGCUAGUGGAAGAUCUGGUACAGCGUUUUGCCAGAGCAAUGAUUGUACACCUGCAUCAACAUCCAAUGAUGUGAGAAGUGAAGAUCUUAGAUUUAGUGAUAAAAAGUCUAAUGGAAAGGAGAAAAAGAAUCAUGACAGGAGUGGAAAUGAAUCAGACCCUCUGCGGAAUAAGCUUCUGGAUGAUGCUCCAGUUGUGAAGUGGGGUUCUUUUCUAAAUAACUGGGGUUCAAACCAAGAUGUGUUAGCUAAUCAGAGGGGAUUGGAUCUUGAAGGUCACUGGGGUAGGGUCGACUAUGAUGCUGUUAUACCAGCAGAAAAAAUUGCCGAACUGAAUGUACAGGCCUCUGUAUACAAGGAAGAUCCUAUUGAAGUCCGACCAUGUCGGGCACCUUUGAGGAAGGGGGGACUUUGUCAGAGGCGAGACUUGAGAGUUUGUCCAUUCCAUGGACUUAUCAUUCCUCGGGAUGAUGAGGGAAAACCGAUUAACCUAAGUUCCACUGUAGAAGAGACAGGUUCGCAGUACCAACAAGAAGAGAGAACUCCAGACUUGGAGAGUAAUACGAUGGAGCAGUUAUUUAAUCAAGCGGUGAAUAAUGUUCGUGAGAGGGACAAAGAAGAAACAAAGAAGAGAGAAUACGACAAAAAAUCUUUGAAGCGAGCAAAGCUUGCAAAAGUUCGAGAACAUAAUGAAUCCGUUCUAAGGGAUGCUGCUCUUGCUUCAACUUCAAGAUCUGCUCAUAUUGGAGAAGAUAAAGAGAUGCUUAAUGGGUCAAAAUCUUCAACUAAAAACAAGAAACAGACUCUUGCAUCAAUGUUAAAAAAGAAAGAAGUGGCUAAAGAUAGAUUGGCUCAGAGACUAUUGAACACCCGUGCAAGUGAUGCUACGAUAAGACAGCUGACAGUGGCAGAGAACGCAAAUUACAGAGAAGCAUUUCCUAAUCAAUGCUCGAGUUCGGAAUUUCUGGAGCGUCUCGAGUCCUCUUCCAUGAACAGACUUAGUUCCUCUUAUGUGGACCCAGAUAAGAUUGUUAUAAGAGCUGCAUCAUCUGAAACUCAUUUAAUCUCGACGACUUGUCUGUCGAAGUAG